CUCAGUCCUUUACAAUUUCUUGAUGGAACGAGUUAACCUAUGCCAAACUCAUUGCAGAUUUGCAGCUGCCUUUGCUUCAUCCAUUCAUUUCAGCAUUGACUCAUAAACUGAUCAAUACAAUGGGUUAUUCCAAGGACCAGCUGCUUGCUCGUUUAAAGGAGCUUCAAAUAGAAUUUUCCCAGUACGAACAUCCCGUUGUUUUGACAGUUGAAGCUCAGGCUAAAUAUGUUGGGAAUACGGGAGGUUUUCUGAGCAAAAAUUUGUUCUUGAAGGACAAGAAACAUAGGUACUAUGUUGUCUCUGCUCUUGUGGAUACGAAAGUAGAUCUGAAAGUUUUAUCUCAGAGGCUUGGUUUAGGGAAAGGUGGUCUAAGAAUGGCUCCAGAGGAGGCAUUGGGUGAGAUACUUCAGGUUCCACUUGGAUGUGUUACUCCAUUUGCAGUUGUAAAUGAAUCUGCAAGACACGUCUCGCUAUUAUUGGAUCAAGGAUUCAAAUCUCAAGAUUGUUGCAUUUUCCACCCUCUCUCCAAUGACAUGUCAAUCUCUCUGAACUCCCAAGGUCUGGACAAGUUUCUUAAAUCGAUCGGGAGAAACCCUUCAUACAUUGAUCUGGAGGCUAACCCUCCUGUAGGGAAAGAUCAACCACCCGAUCUAGCUACUUUUGUUCCAUCAGAUUCCCCAGUUUUGUCGGAUCUUCCAGAAAAAACACCUUCUUCACAGGAUUCUACUGGAAAAAGUGUUGGUGCUGCUACUAACUCCGCAGCUGUUACAGCAAAAGCUGUUAAGCCAUCUGGUAAUGCACAAAUUGUUAAGGAGAAGCCAGUUGACAGUGUGCGGCCAUCAAUUCCUGCUGCAGAUGCUGGGAAAUUUGUGGAAGAGCUUCUGGAUAGAGCAUCCGCCUUACUGCUUUCAGAAAUUUCGGAGGAUUCCAUUAAGCAACAUGGUGUACAGCUUGGUGAGGUAGCAAACAAUAUUAAAAAAUGUAUUGGAGAAGACCUAAAGAACCUUGCUACCAUAUUCAAGAACACAGCAUAUACAGAAGGGUUCCAUGCAGGUACCCGGUAUCAGCCUAAGCGUCUUUGAACUGUUUUCAACUCUGUUGUACCAUUUUGCUUACCGGAAACACAUUCCAACAAAGAAACAAAAAUCGAAGGGAGAAAUCCAGUUUUCAUGUUUUUCAAGACAUUUGAUAGUAACUAUGUGAACCCUGUUUCUUAAUCAGAUCAAAAUGUCAAUUGAGUACAGUAUUUGCAGGAGAACUAAGGAGCGUUCUUUUGUUAACCA